GAAAUUUGUCGCUCAAAAAAAGUGACUUUUCAUACCGAUGCUGCCCAAGCUAUUGGAAAGAUACCAAUCGACGUGAAUGACCUGAAAGUUGACGUCAUGUCCAUUUCAGGGCACAAGAUUUAUGGUCCGAAAGGUGUUGGUGCCAUUUAUGUACGCCGUCGACCGCGUGUUCGACUUGAAGCACAAAUGAAUGGAGGAGGGCAAGAGCGUGGUAUUCGCUCCGGAACUUUACCACCUCCACUAUGUGUCGGGCUGGGAGAAGCUUGCCGAAUUGCAGAAGAAGAAAUGGAAAUGGAUGCAGCUCACAUUAAACGUUUGUCGAAAAUGCUUAUUGAUGGCAUACAAUCAAAAUGCAGCGAUAUCAUCCGCAAUGCAGAUCCUGAACAUGCCUAUCCAGGAUGCGUUAACUUAUCCUUUGCUUAUGUUGAAGGUGAGUCUCUGCUGAUGGCACUGAAGAGUAUAGCGUUGUCAUCCGGCAGUGCAUGCACUUCUGCUUCACUGGAACCAUCGUACGUACUGCGUGCAAUUGGAACUGGAGAAGACUUGGCACAUUCGUCUAUUCGAUUUGGAAUUGGUCGCUUUACUACAGAGGAAGAGAUACAGCACACGAUCGAUCUUUGCGUGAAAGAAGUGAAACGACUACGAGAACUCAGCCCUCUUUGGGAAAUGGUUCAAGAGGGCAUUGAUCUAAAGAGUAUACAAUGGACGCAGCAUUAAUU